AUGAUGUAUUACAAAAGUUCAGCAAUUAUCUUUUUUAUAUGGAUAAUAUUGGUCGAACAAUGUAUUUCAUUUCCUCAUCUAGCUUCGAAACUGGGUUUAAAGUGUAAUCAACCAUCAGACCAUCCUUUUAUACCUCCAGGUCCAAAUGAUAUUCGUGGUCCUUGUCCAGGUUUAAAUACAGCAGCAAAUCAUGGUUAUAUUAAUCGCACUGGAAUAACAAAUUUUGAUGAAUUAGUCACAAUGCAACAAGACUUGUAUAAUUUUGCUUCUGAUACAGCUAUAGUAUUAACUACACUUGGCGUUGCACUCGAUGGUGAUCCAAUUACAGGUAAACUAUCAAUUGGUAGACAAUCAUCAGAUGUAUCUAGUAAUUCAACAACACCUCCUGGGUUAAAUGGACACAAUAGAUUUGAAGGUGAUGCAUCGUUAACAAGAAAUGACUUUUAUUUAGCAAAUGGUAAUAACUUUUUGUUUAAUGGUACAUUAUUUAAAAUGAUGUAUGAUAGAGCACGAGAAAAUAAUGAUUUAUUUGACUGGGAGGCUAUGGCUCAGUUUCGUUAUGAUCGUUAUCAACAAUCAAAAGCAGAAGAUGGACAGUUUGUUUUUGCACCGCCAGCACUUUUACUUUAUGGUGCUGCUUCAUUUGUUUAUGAAGUAUUUCCAAAUGGAACAGAUAUGGUACCACGAUUAAAUGUGAUUUCACCAUUUUUUGGUGCACAAAAAACAGAUUGUGGAGAAUGGAGAGGAGUUCCAGAAAGAAUUCCAUGUAACUGGGUUAAACGAAAAACACCAUAUUCAUUAGUCAAUGUUAGCGAACAGAUGUUAAAGUUAUUUCUGGCAAACCCAGUUUUAUUUGGAGGUAAUAAUGGGACACGAAAUUCAUUCACAGCAUAUCCUCAACAACUAGAAACUAAUAACCAAACAGUUAGUGGAACUGCAUGUUUCAUAUAUCAAGGCAUUUUAUCAGCUACAUCAUUAGAAGUAGAUGCCGGUGUUACUGAGGCAGUACCGGUUCUCAAUUAUUUAAUUAAAAAGUUAGAUCCAAUAUUUGGUGAUCAAUUCGGUUGUCCAUCAACUAAAUUUAAUUUAACAUAA